CAGUCAAUGGGUGGACUAAAUGACUCUGUGAUUUCUGAGUUUGUGUUGCUAGGACUCUCCACUUCUUGGGAAGCUGAAGUUUUUCUCACGCUGACAUUCUCCUUGCUCUAUUUAGGGAUCAUCCUGGGAAACCUCUUCAUUUUGUUUUUGGUUAUUCUUGAUUCUCACUUACAUUCUCCCAUGUACUUCCUGCUGGCCAACCUGUCACUAAUUGACUUGGGUAUUGCCUCUACCACAGUCCCCAAGAUGAUCACAGACCUUGUAAAUGAUUACAAAGUAAUUUCUUUUCAAGGCUGUAUGACACAGAUAUGCUUCAUCCACAUCUUAGGGUGAGUGGAGAUGGUGUUACUCAUAGCCAUGGCAUAUGACAGAUACACAGCCAUAUGUAAGCCUCUUCACUACUUGACCAUCAUGGGGCCUAAAGUAUGUGUUUCAAUCGUAGUUAUUGGCUGGGUAACUGGGCUUAUCCAUGCUAUGUCUCAGUUUUCAUUUGUUAUUAACUUGACCUUUUGUGAGCCCAAUAAAAUAGACAGCUUUUUUUGUGACUUUCCCAGGGUCAUAAAACUUGCUUGCACAGAUGGAUACAAAUUUGAGUUUAUUAUUGCUGCCAACAGUGGGUUCAUGAUCAUGGGUACCUUCUUCCUGCUAAUCCUUUCCUAUGCCUUCAUUUUGGUCACUGUCUGGAAAUGUUCCUCAGGCGAUGUAUCAAAGGCAUUUUUCACUUUGUCAGCUCACAUCACUGUGGUUGUUCUAUUUUUCACUCCAUGCAUGUUUCUUUAUGUAUGGCCUUUCCCCACAUCAUCACUUGAUAAAUACGUGUCCAUUGUUGACUUUGCUAUCACCCCUAUCUUUAAUCCUGCCAUCUAUACAUUAAGGAACAAAGAUAUGAAGAUAGCUAUAAAAAGAUUGAGCAAACGACGAUAUUACUUCAGAUUUUGCUGA